AUGGCGGUUGAUAGAUUUUCUUUGGGUGGCAGUCAAAGAAGUUUUGCGUACAGAGUACCCAAAUGGAGAAUUCCAGAUGUUGUUUUAUUGAUUGUAAUAGUCAUGUUUAGUUAUCCGGUGUAUUAUCAGGAACCUUUCCAAAGACAAUUUUACUUGAAUGAUUUAACUAUAUCACACCCUUAUGCAGUACAUCAGAGAGUAGAUGACUCUAUGUUGUUUGUUUACAGCUUUUUAGUUCCAGUUAUUGUUAUUUUAGUUGUAUGGGCCUUAUUGGCUGAUAAAAGACAUAGAUGGUAUCUAUUAUAUAUUUCAUUAUUAGGUCUAUUACUUUCAUGGUUUACUACAUGUUUAUUUACGAAUUAUAUUAAAAACUGGAUUGGAAGAUUACGUCCAGAUUUCUUAGACCGUUGUCAACCUAAACCAAAUUUACCGGUGGAUAUGCUUCUUACAGCAUCCGAGGCGUGUACAGCAGAAAAUAAGAGUAUUCUUUUAGAAGGAUUCCGUACAACACCAUCCGGUCAUUCUAGUGAAAGUUUUGCAGGGUUAGGUUAUUUAUAUCUGUGGUUAUGUGGUCAAUUACUUACUGAACAUGUCCAAGUUGGUGUAUGGAGGAAAUAUAUAGCUAUGUUACCAUUAGUUGGUGCAUCAUUAGUGGCAUUAUCGAGAACACAAGAUUAUAGACAUCAUUUUGUAGAUGUAUUGCUAGGUUCCGCAUUAGGUUAUAUAAUAGCACAUUCAACAUACAGAGUUUAUUUCCCAGCUAUCGAUAGCCCUGUUCCAUUCAAACCUUUACUGGAUGAUUCUGCUGUUACUUUCGAUGUUCCAUUUGAUGCUAUCCCACAACAAGAACCUGUAGAAGAUGAAGAAGGUCAAACCGUUUCCGCUGGUAUAUAA